GUUGACAAGAUCCUGAAAGUGAUUCCCCGAGAUCGGAAAACAUUUCUCUUCUCUGCUACGAUGACCAAGAAGGUGCAAAAACUUCAGCGAGCAGCGCUGAAGAAUCCUGUGAAAUGUGCCGUUUCCUCUAAAUACCAGACGGUUGAAAAGUUACAGCAAUAUUAUCUUUUUAUUCCUUCUAAGUUCAAGGAUACCUACCUGGUUUAUAUUCUAAAUGAAUUGGCUGGAAACUCCUUUAUGAUAUUCUGCAGCACCUGUAACAAUACUCAGAGGACAGCUUUGCUACUGCGAAAUCUUGGAUUCACUGCCAUUCCCCUCCAUGGACAGAUGAGUCAGAGCAAGCGCCUAGGAUCCCUUAAUAAAUUUAAGGCAAAAGCUCGUUCCAUUCUUUUGGCAACUGAUGUUGCAAGCCGUGGUUUGGACAUACCUCAUGUGGAUGUAGUUGUUAACUUUGACAUUCCUACCCAUUCCAAG